GUCUCAUUCGCAAAAGAAAAAGUCUCUUCUACACCAAAUUCGAUCUAGGGUUUAGCCUCGUCGUGGCAGACAUCUCUCUUUCUUAUAAUUAAUACUCCGUAAAAAAAAUCCCGCGAGAAAGAAAACAAAACAACUCUCCGCCCGCGCCUGCGAACCCGCCGCUCCUCCUCCCGCCGAAGAACUCGCCGGAAGGAGAUCCAUCCGCUGUCCUGGACGCCGAUUCCCCCGGUCCGUUGGUAUGGCAUCGGUCCCUACUUGUUCGUUUUUCUUUCUUGAUCUCGUUUUCCUUUUCUCUUGCUGUGUGUUACGGCUUCUCGUCGAUAAAGAUUACCGCCGCCGGCCGCCGCCCUCGCCUGGACCUCGAGUGAAGAUCGAUUUCUUCCCGGACGCCGUAGAUUUGUACUGAAAGGUUGACCUUGACUCUCCAAGUUACCUGAUCGGUUGGGAGCCCCAGACAUUGGGGUGACAGGCAUGAUGUGUAACAGUGAGAAGAAGGCUGCCAUGCCAAGCAGCAAGCGUCUGAAGGCCGCCCUGCCCGGCCGCAGAGCAUCGGUUGCAGAGGACAUCAUGGUGGAGGUACUGUUGAGGCUUCCCAUCAAAUCCAUUGUCCGCUUCCGGGCCGUCUGCCGCUCCUGGGCCACGCUGCUCUCCUCCGAGGAGUUCUGCAGACUCCACCGGGCGAUCACCAGGGCUGCGGGGGUGCCACUGAAGCUUCUGCACUUCUCCCCUGCCGCAAUGUUCCGCACCAUGACGGCGUACUCAUGCUCGCUAGCGCAAGGCCCCAGAGAUGACGAGCUGCUGUUCACCCUUGACUAUGCCCGUGGCAAGUGGGUAGAAGUGCUGACGCCUGCAUCGUGCCAUGGCCUCACCCUCCUGUAUGAUGCUCUUGCCAAGGCGUACUACAUCUGCAAUGCGGCCACACGAGCAGUCACGCGUCUGCCACAUUCGGCCGCGGUGGCGUCGCACUGGAUAAGUACCGGACUGGGAUUUGAUGCACGCACAAGGGAGCACAAGGUGGUGAGGUUGAUCAAUGGGGCACACCAGUCCCCUGAGCAGGAUACGACAAGGUGUGAGUUGUACACGCCUGGAGGCAGCCAUGGGGAUUGCUGGAGGCCAGCUGCCGGAGGGGUACCCUUUGGGUUGCGAAGAUUUGCAGACUCUGCCGUGUGUAACGCUGUCGAACAGAGGUUAGCUCCCGUGUUUGCGAAAGGGUUCCUGCACUGGUUGAUUCAGCCUUACCUUCUCUUCAAACGGCCAAGAGGGGCCAUCGUAUACUUUUCUGUCAUGGAGGAGACAUUCAGCUGUGUCCAAUCACCUCCCUUCCUGUCACCAGAUUUUGGGCCAAAUCCUCUCUCAGCACCGGGAUUCGACCUGCCAUUUGCUCACCAGGCACCACCAGCGGGGCAUCUAGUGGAGAUGGAUAACCAGCUAUAUCUGGUCCGAGACCUUCGUAGUAACCCUCAUGGUAGCACUCUGGAGAUUUGGAGACUGCUGGAAUAUAGCUCUGGCAACUGGUCGCUAGAUCACAGAAUCGAUUUAUCUGGGCACGCCAUGGGGAGAGAAUUACGCGAGCCACAAACCGUGAGAGUUAUUGGUUCUAUUGAUAGUGGCAGGUCAGGGAAGAAGAUAAUUCUCACUACUUGCAAGCACAAGGUUCACGAGAAGUUUGAAAAAAAGGUUCACACUUACGACCUCAGUUCUCAGGAUCUGGAGACCAUUCUUUCUGUCACCGAGGCAAGCACAUCGGCAUACGGAUUUAUCUAUGAUAAACCACUUCCUUCAAGAUUUGGUUUGUUUGAAGACUGCCUUGCUCCAAUGCAUAAAACAGAUGAAGAGAUAGCCUUGUCGUCUACCCUGUCUAAGGCAGUAAAAGAGAUCCUACUCCGCCUCCCAGCUAAAUCAGUGGCACAGUCCAAAUUGAUCUGCAAGCAGUGGCUCAGGUUGAUCAAGAGUGAAAGCUUCAUACGGUCAUACUUUGAGCAUAAGAACAUGGGCAGAAGUCUAACGAUCAUGCUUGUGGGUAAGGGCACUGGACAAUCAGCCUUCUGUUUUGCUCCCUUGGAUACAUGGCUUAGUGAAGCUCCUAAUCAUUGCGCGUUGCUUGAUACAAAGGUGGUUUGCUCCAAGCCUUGCCACGGGAUGAACCUGGUGAGCACCGCUACAAAUGACUAUCUCUACAACCCAGGCACAGGUUUCCACAGGGUCUACCGUAACCCAGGACCGCAGAUGUACCUAGCGUUGGGAAGCCAAAGAAUUAAUGCAGCAGAAAAACAUGCAUUUGCAGUUGGCGGCAAGAAUGUUGGCCUGACUUUCGACCCUUUGUCUCGUGAGCAUGUUAUUGUGGAAAUCGUCUAUCACCAGAAGAACUUUCAUUCUCGUGGAUAUAGGUCGGUAUGCGAGCUGCGGUGGUGUAACUCCACGGAACUUGCCCAUGAAUACUUGGUGCCGCUGCCGCCUCUGCCUGUGAAUGACAUGCCACCCGCCUAUGUCGGAGGCGUGCUGUACUGGAUGAGUGACCCAAGGCUGGGUCGGAGCUACGAACGAGCCAUCGUCUCUUUCGAUAUCUCUACGAGACUGUUCGAUACCAUCCAUUGCCCUUCGUGCAUCACGGUAUGGAGUAAGAGGAGCCCAUGCAGUGCAUUUGUGGUAGAGCUUCAGGGAGCAUUAUGUGCUGUUCUUGCAGAUCCAGUGACAAACAGUUUAGACAUAUGGAGGCUAGAGCGUGGGCGUUGCAUAUGGGGCAGAGCAUGGGUGAUUCGUUUGGAAGCGUCGCCUGACUAUUCUCUUGUGACAAAUGUUGUGGUGCCAUUGGCUGUUGAUCCCAAAGACGGGGGAAUCCUGCUGAACACUGGCAGAAAACUAGGUGUCUAUGAUCCGCUCAAGCAAACAAUUAAGAGUCUGUAUUCGCAAGAUCAGUUACCGCUUGCCACAAGUGCGCCACACCUAGGAGUCCCUCAACGAUCCAAGUUUACUUCAUUGGAGGAUAAUUCAGCAUUGGACAGCGAGAUUCUGCCGCUUGUUCCUAUGGUAUAUGAGGAGAGCCUGGCCUGUUAUCCUGUUGUGGGCCUACCAAGAUGGUUGUCAUUCUGCUGAUUCAUCAUCAAGUGGUAGUAUUUCCAUGAUCAUCUAGGCUUUUUAUAUUAAGUUCGAACCGCAACACUUCUUUUUGGUAAUGUUAUAAUAGUGGGAUCUUUUGGUGUAGAAGAGGUCUAAUAUCCCUUUCCGAGUACAAUGUUAUCGCUAUUGUGUUUUAAGAUAUAAAUGGUGUAUUCCUAAGAUUAUGCUUUAGACUAGUUACUGCGAACUUUGAAGUGCAAUGCCACUGGCUGGAGAACUGAAAUUCGUAAAUUUGAGGGAUUAUAUUACUGCGGUAUUAAUAUGUAAAUAUUGCAGUAUAUUUCUUUGUGUUGUGUGAAUUUUUUUGGUCAGGUUACUGGUGCAGAUGGCCUGAAGUAGAAUUUUCAGUCAAAAGAGAACUCAUAUGGAGUCAUAGACUCACAAAUUGCUUUGUGGAGCACCCCUACCUGUCAGACAUUGGUGGCUUCCUUCAGGAUUAUGUGUGUACCUGAGUCAGAUUCAUCUAAGCCGCCGCAAACUGAUUGAGAGAGGCUAGCUGCUGCUCUUGAUUUCCUAUGUGUGGUCUUUACAUUCGAUUAGUCAGGUAUAUUCUGCAGCCUGAAACUAUUUAAUGGCCCAGUACGUGAAUUUUCUUCAGAUGUGAGAAAAAAUCCAUUUAUCGUGUGUUAGCCUUUGUUUGUUCAGCUCAUGUAGCUGUAGUGCUGUACUGCUGGCAGAUCUUGUAAUAUUUGUCAUACAGAUUGCUGCUGUUCUAUGGAAGAAACUGAAAUAAUGAACGUGAAGCAGGAUCACAGCAUUACACAGUGAUACUUUUGGACAGUUUAUUUGCAAUCCAAUCCUGUUAUCGUUUUAGAUAUUGCUGCUGCUAUCUGCCUGAGCUCAGUCAUCAUGGAUUCCUGGCUCCUCUACCAUUACUGAUGAUUUUCUAGGAUCUCUAGUACUCCAGUGAUUUUAUAGGAUCUCUAGUACUCCAGUUCUUCCAUGCUACCGGUUAUAAGAACCGUCACCACCUUUGGAAGCGGGGUCUGACACCACGGCGCCGUCCAGCAGCAGCGGUGCCUGAAGCAGGACUUGCUGGCCGCGCGAGGGUUUUCACCCCUCGCUCCUAGCACGACGCCAGGGGCAACAUUGUCUUGUUGGUAAUGUGAUAGUGUAGAAGUGGUGACUGCCUAAUAUUCAUUCUCCGAGUAUAGUGUGAUCGCUAUUUGUUAUGGCAAAUUCUGCAGUGCAAAUGCCACUGGCAGAAGAACUGAAUUCAUAAAGUUGAGGGGAUUAUUUCUGCAGUAUUUAUAUUUAAACAUGGCAGCAGCUUUCUUGUUGUUU